GCAUUGUUGGCACGACGUUGAUGCAUCUCGCUUAGUAGUAGGACUACGCAAGUGCAGCUUAUGCGCAAAGCCGUCGCUUCUUGAACUCCUCAUUCGCUUAAGCCUUUUCCGAAAACGCCGAGUUUGUGGUAGCAUUGCCUAUUCGAUACUUACAAGGAAACAGAAGCUUUAUCGACAGCAGAGCACUUAAUUAAGCCAGAAUGGCGGCUCCCGAAGAAGAUGCCACUCCGCGGAAGCAGUACUCUCCCGAGGAAGUGCUGAAGCAGUUGGAAGACAUUCCGGAAGAUAAGCGGACAUUCUCAGCCUCGAGGCUUCUCACCUGCUUGUCGGCGCAGCGUGAUUGCUGCGGUGCCGUUCGGGCGUUGCAAGAAAAGGGCGAAGCUGCAACACUGGCAGACCACGACAUGGUGAUUCUGCUUUUUCUGAAGAACAUGUACAACCUGGUGUCGGGCCUGCCUGGCGCGCUGCAGUUCGACGCGCUGGAGGACCUGAUGGCGCGGUCGGGCAUCCUGCUGCCCUUCGUGAACGGCAUGCGGCUGCUGGACCAGACGGUGGUGUUGCAGUUGGGGCUGCCCUCCAAGGAGCAGCUGUGCGACAACAUACACGAGCUCAUCCGUGUUGCCGCCACCGCCAUCGUGUGCUUCUACCACUACACCAACUACCCGGCCCACCCCGACUUCUUCCCCUCCGACGACGCCGCGCUGCUCUUCUCCUCCCUGGCACUCGCCAGCUGCCAGCCGGGUCGGCCGGGCGGCGCGGGGGCGGUGGCGGCGCUGGAGGAGCAGCUGGCGGGGGCGGGGGGUGGGGUGGUGGCGCUGCGGGAGGUGCGCUGGCUGAUGCACUACUUCAGGGCGCAGCUGUCCUCUCUGGGCGGCUCCGUGUUCCUGUCUCUGGGUGACACGCAGCAGCACUCGCGGCAGCUGGUGGCGCAGCAGGCGGACCUGCUGGGGCUCAUAAAGGCGGUGCCGGAGAACCCCGCGGGCUACGCCUACUACGUGCGCACCUGCCUGCAGUUCCAGCAGCUCGCAGCGGCCAAGCUAUUCGCGGAGAAGGGGGCGGUGGUGGCGGCGAAACACAAUGCCGUACUGUACGGCGCUAUCCUGGCGGCUCAGCAGGCCAUUGCUCUGGCGCUGGCGGGAGGCGGCAAGAGCAGCACCGGCAGCACUGCCGGCAAGGCAGCGGCUGCUCCUGCCGAGGGCGGCGUAGCCGCCCCUGACGCCGCCUCCUCCUCCGCUGUUGCAGCCGCCUCAUCCGACUCCGCGCCCCCCGCCGCGCUGGUUCUGGUGGGGGAGCUGCGGGGCCUCAUGGAGGCCGCCCGGGGGGGCCUGGAGGCCGAGAAGGCGGGUCUGCCCGAGGUGUACGGCGACCUGGUGGUGUUGGAUCCCACCGACUCGUGGCUGCUGGCUGAGAAGCUGGGGCCGCUGGUGGCGGGGGUGCCGGACGAGGGGGAGGUGCUGGCGCUGAGCGGGGCCAUGUACCCCACCCGCCAGCCCACGGAGCUGCCGCGGGGGGCGGUGGCGGUGAAGAAGCCGCAGAAGGCGGAAGGGGCGAAGUAAAGGGAGGAGGGAAGGGACAAGUAAAAGGAGGGAUAGAAGGGAGGAGGGAAGGGAAGGAGGGAACGGAGGAGGGAAGGAGGGAAUGGGAGAUGUAAGUUGAUAUGGGAGGGGUUGGGUCGUGGGUGUUAUGGUGUCACGUUGCGAGGUUGCUGUGGUCGGCUGUUGGAGGGAGGAGGAGUUGCGUGUGGGCAGGCAGCGUGGGGAGGAGGGGGAGGCAUGUAUGUGCGGUACUGGGCUGGGGUGCAGGUGCAGGUGCGGGUACCCGACCCGGCAGCUCGCCACCCCCCGCUGGAGCCGGUGGGUGUGGGUUGCGGCUGCUGCUACUUGCUGGGCUGGGAUGCACUGACGGGGGUAGCGUCACCCAUUAUUAUGAUGUACGUCACCCAUUAUCGUACGACCAACGCUUGUACGGCACGGACAGGAUUGUGUAGAGUGCACUUACGCAUUCAUGUUAAGAUGCCCAGGAUGACGUGUUAAGUGACAGUCACAAUUCACUACUGGUGGUAAGGGACUCAUGAUGGAUGUCAGUGCUCUUUAGGACCAACGAUACUACGUUUAUUGAUAUUCCAGUCCUGACGCCUUCUCCAGCAUCCAUCCUAAUGUGUGCAAGUCAACCUGUGCCUGCACCAAGCCACUUGUACAGUUCUCCGUUCAA